AUGUCAUCACUACGCGUUGAAGUAAAAUGCAACAUGUAUCGACAGGGAGUCGCGUACGAUGAAGUGUCCUCGUACAGCGAAUGCGCGGAGAUCUGCGAAUCACUGGAUAUUGAUGUAUACUCAUACCAUCACCCGUCAAGACGCUGUGUCGUGUCUAGUCUUCACGGAAGAAAUAUUCCUCGAGACGGUGUCUAUUCUAUGACAAAAGUCACCGAGAGCGAGGCUGAGGACAUCGAUUCUUACGACCAUGGGGACCCCUUCGAAGAGGUGCCAGCUCCAGAAAUGGACGCCUGCCUUGACCGCAUCGCCGACCUCGAAACAGAAUCAGAGCAUUGUCGCUCUGAAAACACCCCAUCAACGCCUUUAUGCGGUGUACAAGGCAUCGCUCUUCACGGUCGCAUCGACAUGAUAAAAGUCACUGGCGUCGACGCUUGCAAAGCGAUUUGUGUCGCCAACCCUUCAUGUCAAGCUUACUCUGCGUCCGACGACCCGGGAGAUUGGUGUUAUAUCUUUGACAGACCGCACGGAGGCCUCACGACGAAUUAUUAUCGGCAUUUACAUACAUAUGAUCGCGACUGUUAG